AUGACAUCGUAUAGUUUAUUAUUUUCAGAUAAUAAAAUUUGUAGCGAGAGAAAUAAAUCAAUAAUCAAUUUUCCAAACAAGCAUCAUCUAACAUUCACUUAUCAAAUCAACAACAACGACGUCGAGAAAACUUAUUAUUUCAGUCAUAAUAUAGAAAAUCAUGAAUUCUACAUCCAAGAAAUAAUUAACAAAGAUGUAAUAAUAACAGAAAGUGGCAAAUUGGACAAUGGAUACGAAUUGGGAUUUUCAUUCCAAGUCAAUCAACAAAUAUUUUAUUAUGCACAAAGUAAUCAAACAAAACGUUGGUUCAUUCAGGAAUUGUUGGUGGAUGGAAAGCUGGGAAAAGUGACGGAUCGAGGACAAUGGUUGAAUGUUUAUCAAGUGAUAUUUCCAUUUCAACCAUCUUCUUCUUCUAUUAAAGCUUAUUAUUUUGGUCACAAUGUAGAUUCCAAUUAUUGGUUUAUACAAGAAUUGUUGGAAGGUGGAAAAUUGGGAUUGGAAGUUUGUAAUGGACAUUGGGAAGCACCAUGCCAUAUUCUGAUUCCAUUCAAAAUAAAAGAUAGAGAUUUUUUUUAUUCCCAUAACUUGGAUAAUUGUGAAUGGAAUAUACAAGAAUUGUUGUUUGAGGAUGCUGAUAAUGAAGUUGAUGACGUUAGUAGUAAAGUGGUUGCUAAAGUGGUCGUUAUUGAUAACGGAAGAUUGAAGAAACCCUUGAGAUAUUGUGUGUCAGAUCCAAUUAAAGAAAUAAGGAUUGUUGGAUAUAGAUUAUUGAGAUAUUUGAUAACUGACACAAAAUCAUUAGAAGAUAUAAUCAAUUUAAAUUAUAAAAUAUUCAUCAUGAGAUCACUGUCGAAGGAUCCUCGAUCAUUCAAUGAUGAACGUGAAGAAGUUCUCAAACUUGUUAGAUCAUUUUUUGAUGUGCCAAAUGGUAUAAAACUUAUACCUUUGGGAAUAUUAAAAUCAAUUGUAUCAAUUGCUGAACAAUCUGAUGACAAAUUGAAAAUAAUGAGUUUAGAAACAUUAAUUGAAAUCAUGAUUCGUGAACCUGAAAUCAUAAUAAAAUGCGGUGGAAUGGGAAUUAUUUUAAAAUCGUUGAUUGAUGGACCAAUAGACAUGCUGGAAUGCAUUAUAAUGUCAUUAUUAUACAUUCUUGAUAUUCCAGAAACUCGUGAUUAUAUUAGACCAGGAAUUGAUUUGGAAAUUAAUGUUAUAAUAGAAAUGUUUUUUGAUGUUCUUAGAAUAAAUGGUACUGAGUUAUCUCAAAGAUAUUUAUCAAGGAAAAAAAAUCCAUCUUUGAUUGAUAAUGUUAAUUAUAAUGAUGACGACAAUGAUAAUGAUUACCAAAGUUUCAAGGAUCUAUCAUCAUUAGAAUUUUAUUCUAGUAGUAGUAAUAAUAGCAGUACAUUACAAAAUCAAAAUAAAUUAAACAUGAUUGAUCAUCAUUUGGCUAUUUUAUUAGUUGUUUUAAUUGAUGCUGGACUUCUCGAGUCACUGUCAAAAUUGUUUGACUUAGCGACAAGGUUUGAUGAUGAAAUACUAAGAAAUGCUGCAACGGAAGCUUUAUCAUAUAUUUAUUACUCGAAUAAAUUUUCCAAAAAUUCAAUAAUACAGAUCGACGAUAAUCAAUUUAGAAAUAUGCUGAUCGAGACGCAAGUAUUGACAACAAAAGAUUACACUAAAUGGGAAGUCAAGCCAAUAAUGGAAUUAUUACAAAAAAUAUUAUUAAACCCAAGAAGAUUAGAAGAAUCCAUUAAAAUAAAUUUCAUCAAAUCAUUGUUAGUAUUUCUAAGCCCCAACUCAAGACUAUUCUCGGAUAUUGUACGAUCAGAAGAGAAUGAGAAGAAAUACGUUGAUGUAGGGUGUACGCUCUUGACAACAUUGUUAAAUAAUAGUUAUGGUGUCAAAUAUUUGGAGAAAAAGUCGUUUUUGAGGCAUAUUUCUGAUUGCUUGAAUCAAUUGAUUCCGAUGAAUGGGAUUUCUGAGUCGGAACCUUUAUUCUCAAAAGAUCAAAUUAAUAAAACUUUAACCUUUGGAUAUUUUAAAAUCAUUGGAAUACUUUGUAAAUGUAAAGAAGGUCUCAGAUUAUUGGAAAAAUUUAAAAUAUUAAAUACAUUUUAUCAAUUGAGUGAAUUAAAUGGACGUGAGGAUAUCAUCAAAUCAAUAAUUAACAAUCUAGAUUAUAGCAUGCAACGUGUAAGAUUAUAUUCGACAAAUUAUUUGGGAAUACUUUUAAAAAAAACCGAAAAAAAUUUUACAGAAUGGGCGGUUCAAUUGUUGAUCACCCAGUUAUAUGAUCCUAUGAUAGAAGUUUGUCAAAUGGCCAUAAAAAUACUAGAAGAAUUAUGCGAUAGAAAUAUUGAUAACAUAGAACUGAUGAUUAAAUAUAGACCAUAUUUAGACCAUUUAGGAGAAUUUGGAAAUAACUUGUUAUUAAAAUUCUUGUCAACUCCAAUUGGAUUCAAUUAUCUUUAUGAAAUUAAUUAUUUAGAGAGAGAAUUGAUUGAUUGGUUCAAUUUGGAAUUAAAGUUAUCUUUAAAACUGGAUAAGAAUGAAAACAAUGUUAAAUCUCUUGAUGGAUUGACCCCCCCUCAUUUCUAUGGGGAACUAAUUAAAACAAUUGAAGGCUGUCAGAUGCUAAGAGAUAAAGGCCAUUUUACAGAAUUUUCUAAUUAUAUUAAAAAUCAUGGAAUGGAAGAUACAAAUUAUCCAAUAAUUAAAAAACUAAAAUCAGUUCUUUGGGCUGUUGGAAAUAUUGGAUCAUCAAAGAAUGGAUUAACAUUUCUUGACGAAGAAAAUAUUAUUAAAGAAAUUGUUCACAUUGCUGAAAAUUCAAAUGUUUUAUCAUUAAGAGGAACAUGUUAUUAUGUUUUAGGAUUAAUAUCAAAAACUUUAAAAGGCGUUGAGAUAUUAAAAGAUUUAGGAUGGGAAAGUAAUUACGAUCCCGAUUUAGAUUUAUUUACUGGAUUAUGCCUACCAAUUGAUUACAAAAAAUUCCUUACCGUUCCAAAAUGGGAAUAUAAAGGAGCUGAUGUAAUAUUACAAGAAAAUGCUAUGCAAAAACCAAUCCCGUCGUUUGAAACUGAAAAAAUCUUGUUAAAAACUGUUUCUAACCUAACAAAUCACAUUCUAUCAAAUAUUGAAUCGACCACCAGUCUAUCAAAGUAA